CAUUUUUAUAAAACUAUAAAUAUGUUCUAAAGGUCUAAGUCCAACUCUAGCAUCUUUCUUUUAGCAUUUUAAUCAUUUCACACACUUAAUAUAUCAUUAUAUACAUUUUUUCCUUUUUACAAAUAUGCGAAGUUCGCAAUUCAUUCUACUUCUAUUAUUUUCAAUAGGAUCCCCUUUGUUAUUUUCAAUACGAGAUUCUAUCCUAGCUUUAAAAACGCCUUUAGAGCAAUCGCGAGUGGAAAUUUUGCUGGACAAAACUGAUCAAAAUUAUUGCAUUCCUUCAGGUAUGAUAAGUGAUGCUUGCUGCGAUUUCGAGACGGUAGAAAAAAUAAAUAAUGAUUUAACUCCACGAUUACGCGAACUGUCUAAGACAAAAUUUUUUAAAUAUUACAAGUUAAAAUUAUAUAAAGAGUGUCCGUUUUGGAAAGAGUAUGGGAUGUGUGUAAAUCAAGCAUGUGCAGUUGAAACAACAGAUGAGUCCAAUGUACCCGAAAUGUGGCGGAGUGAUGUUCUCGGCGCGUUACAAACUUCACAAGCCGGUACAUUUUUCCAACCAUUUAAAAAAUGUGAAUACACUGACCAAGAUUUCUGUGUUGUUGAAGACGAAUCGGAUUCUGAGGGUGUGUUUGUUAAUCUUCUUGAUAACCCUGAACGGUUUACCGGUUACGCUGGAGCGUCAGCUAGCCGCGUAUGGAAAUCUAUUUAUGAAGAAAAUUGUUUUAAUAUUAUUCCUCCUAUAAACAAUAAUCAGUUCAACAAUAAUCAUUUCGCUUCAUCUUCGACGGGUAAGCAGCUAGGUAAUAUUCUUCAGAAUGUAGCACGAAGAAGUGACCCGACCGAUAAUGAAGAAAUUUGUUUCGAAAAGCGAGUAUAUUAUCGUUUAAUAUCCGGGUUACAUUCUUCAAUAUCAAUUCAUAUUUGUAAUGAAUAUUUAAAUCAAACCACUGGUCAAUGGGGACCAAAUCUUGAAUGUUUCAUCACUCGUGUUGCCUCACAUCCCGAACGUCUUCAAAAUGUAUACUUUAAUUAUAUUGUCCUUCUAAGAGCUAUAUCAAAAGCAGCAGAUUACCUCAAUGGUUAUGAAUUCUGUACCGGAGACAAGAAUCAAGAUUUACAGGUUAAGGCAAUGGUUAGCGAACUUUUAAACGUGGCGAGGUCAUGUCCAGAAACAUUUGAUGAAAAACAAAUGUUUGCUUCCCCUGAAUCACGAUUAUUAAAAGAGGAAUUCAAAGCCAGAUUUAGAAAUGUGUCACGUAUAAUGGAUUGUGUUGGAUGCGACAAAUGUCGAUUAUGGGGUAAAUUACAGAUUUCUGGACUUGGAACAGCUUUGAAAGUUCUAUUUUCUUAUGAUGACGAGUAUUUAAAUCCAAAAGUAAACCCCAACCUAUUGACGCGUACAGAAAUUGUCGCGCUUUUCAAUACGUUUAAUCGAGUUUCAGAAAGUUUGAGUGCUAUUGAACAUUUCAGACAUGUUUAUCAAGAAAGUAUACGCGGUAAUGAUAAGCAGAUAAAUAAUGAAGAGUCAUCUAAAGUUGAGAUCGAAACCGACACAAAAUCUCACGAAUCUUCAACCACGAAAAACACUACAAACCGACAAGUAGACUCAUUGUCUGAGGAAUAUCAGUUUAUAAUCAAAGCAAUAAUUUCUACUAAAAACAUAUUAUCUUCAUACGUUAUAAAUUUUUAUCAAACAAUCAUACGCCAAUUGGAAUAUUGGAAUAUUCCGGUUCCAGUACUUUUAAAAUCAAUUACUUCAUAACUGAUAAUAAAAUUUAAUAAUUUAAUUCACGUGAUUUAACUAAUACAAAUUAGUAUCUGUACUACAUUAUACACAUUUAUCACUGGUUUUC